UCAUCUCCUUUUCAACCAACCAUUCAUCAAAACACCUUAUCCACAUAUCUUUCUUUUCUUUCCCUUUUCUCCCUUCACCCACUCAUCAUCUCUAGAUUUCAAUCAACUUCCCAAAUCCACCAGAAUUGUUAACCCAAUCUCUCCACUUCCCAAUGGCAUCCGCCUCAGCCUCCGCCACUUUAUCUCCGGUCAACUUGACGGUGGUUGCUCCCACCCGCUCUUCCGGGAGAACCACCUCAACCAAAGUCACUUACAUCAAGGGACUCAACUCAUUCGGUGGCCUUAAAGCUCAGAACACCGUCGCUGCAUUAGGACUCCCCGUUUCUACCGAACAGCAAUUCGCAAACUUUGUUUACUCAAUGAAGAAGCCAUCAUCCAAGAAUAUCGCCGGCGGCGGCGGAGCACUCAGCUCCACCUGCAAUGCUGCCGCUGAGAUUUUCCAGAUAGCAGCAAUUAUGAAUGGACUUACUCUUGUUGGAGUUGCAGUUGGUUUUGUUCUUCUCCGAAUCGAAGCAGCUGUUGAAGAGGCAGAGUAAGAAAUCUUGGGAUUUCUGCACUUUUUUCCUAAAAUUGUAUCUUUGUUUCAUUGUUCAUUCAUGUAGAAUCACUCAUAAACAUGUAUGGAGCACAAGUUAUAUAAUACCAUAUAUCAUUUAUGCUUUCUUA